CCCAUCAUCUGUACUAUAUAGAAGGGUGUCUACCAUCUGCACUAUAUGGAAGGAUACCCAUUAUCUGUACUACAGGAAUCACCUACACCGAUAUUUAUAUCCACUUUAAGUAAUCUGACCACAGACUGGACCCUUUCCCCAGAAUCUCUCACCCUAUCCACUGUAUCACUGCAUGAAGGACCGUCAUGUAAACCGUGCAUACGAAUUAACAUUUCAGUGAAUGCCACAGGACUUCCCAAACUGCGGGGUUUUGUGGUUCAGGGUCUUCAAUUAAGCAAUAACGCAUUUCAUUCAUUCAAGAUUUUAAAGAAAAAAAUAUAUAAAAUAAGACAUCUGUGGGAAGUAAAAUAUGACUGUCUGACUGUCGAUCGUGGACAAUACAUAUCGGUUACACUGUUCACUGAACCUAACUAUGGCUUUUCUGUUAAUAAAAGAUACUUCAUUUCCAACCAUGAUGCAAAACCAGAUUUCCAUUAUCAGCACAUAGCAGAAGAGAAACGAUUUGAGAUCUUUGUACCCAAAGGCCCAGAUGUGGACGUGCGGCUGUGUAAUCAGGCCUAUGUGUGCAAGGACCUGGAGACCAACGGCAGCAAGAAGAUGAUCAAUGCUUCUCAGAAUGAUUCCCCGAAUGCUUCUCUGUCCUAUGAUAGUUUACUACCUUGUUUAUGUAUUGAGGCAUUUUACACCUAUCGUGACAGCAAACGGGGGAAGAAAUGCCCUUUCCAGGAGCAUCCGGAACCCUACAUUGAAGAAUUACUAAAGGUGUCCGUGCAAGAAAUCAUUCACCACUCAAACACGAUGACUGUAAAAUACUCCAGUCCUUGUCUUCUGCCGACGCUGGAGCCAGCGGUGACUGUUUGUAGAAAGCAAAAUGGAAUCUGCAUCACGGAAAACAAGGCCAUCGUCCAAAAACAUGGAAAGGAAUAUUAUAUUAAGAAUGCUGACAGAGAUCAUCACCUGUGUUUUAAGUUCUCUUUACUGAAUCGCACCUAUAUAAAAUGCCCUGAUAGAAAUGAUCAGCUCUGGGGCCUGGAUAUGAAGACUCAGCUUUCUUAUGUGCUGUUUAUUAUAUCUUCCAAAAUUCCAGCAACUUUUAGUGCAGCAGUGUGUAACCAAAGCCAGCAAACUGGAGACUGUGACCUUAAGUCCAUCAUCUAUAAUGUAUCCACAGAAAAUCACUUGGGAUCUCGAGAUCUGCAGCUAUCACUCCCUCGGCCUGGCAUUGGAGAUUGUAUCAAGCUGUGGCGUUCGGAUGUCCCUUUUUCCCAUCAGUAUCUCUUCUGCUCCUUUGACUUUUCUCACAGACAUCUAGGCCUUCUUGCUCUCAGCACAACGCUGGUGAUUAUCACAGUGAUUUCCAUUGUCUACAUAAUUUGUAAGAGGAUCUGGAAGAUAUUUACAGCUUCACUUUGGAGAAGGACCAUUCUACUUGUGUACUCUCCCGAUUCAGCAGAAUACAAAGCCCUCAUCUGUGCCUUUGCUGACUUUCUGCACAACAUCCUGGGAUGUGAGGUCAUCUUGGACUUAUGGGACAUUAACACAGUCAGCCAGAUUGGAAUGUUGCCUUGGUUUUACCAAAAGCGGGAUCUAGUGAGUCAAAGAAAAGGCAAAGUUAUGAUCCUAUGGACAAGACAAAGCAAGACAAUGUACGACCAAUGGAAAAACCAUCAAAAUAACAUCAUUGGAUGGAAAGACUCAACAAAUCUGUUUGGGGCAGCAAUGUCCUGCCUGGAGAAAGACCUUCAGGUGCAACAGGAACAUGAAAACCUGGAGCACUACACAAUGGUGUACUUUGAAGGACUGUGUGAGAAGAAGGAUAUCCCCAAAUGCUUCAGGAAGAUGUCCAGGUACCGCUUGUUGAAGGAUCUGUAUAGACUGGUCAGCCAUCUACAAGACACUACUUGUCUAUCUCCUCCUUGCUUGAUAAAGGCAGGUGCCAAAUACCUCAUGAAAAAGCUUAUAAGCUCUGAAAAAAGACGGGGUCUUCAGUACCACAUAGAGGUUUGUAAAAAGAAACUUGAUGAAGUUGGCAGCUGAUAAUGGUCGAGGACUAACUGAGCCAGUGGAAAGGUUGGAAAACUGGAGAAAUCCACUACUAGAUUGUUUACCGAAACCAGAACUGUCCUGAGACUGAGCUUUGUAUAGGGUGGUGCUGACUAUUCUGAUGUAGCGGCCCUUUAAAACUGAGAAGAUGUCAAUUUGCAACAACCUUUUUUAUAUUCCGAUUGUUUUAUUUAAAAAAAUUUUUUUUUUAUGGCAUCCUCCAAAAGUCUCCUGCUAACAUGGUAGCCUGAGUGCCCCUGAAUCUCCCUCCAUGUAAGACUGAUUGGGCUGGUUGGAUUUGUACUUGGAUUUUACAAUUAGCAGCAACAUUCAUCACUUGAAAUAUACUCUUUAAGGGUCUAUUCACACGUACAGUAUUCUGUGCAGAUUUGAUGCGCAGGAUUUUCUGCUGCAGAUUUCAAUGUAAACUGAUUGACUGAACACGGCUUGAAAUCCUGCAUCAAAUCUGCGCAGAAUACUGUACGUGUGCAUUGACUCUAAGGGGGAAUUUAUUAUAGGGCAGAUUUUUUUGUGCAAUGUGAAAUCUGCUGCGCAAGUGUGUGGUUUACCCUGUUGCUGCACACAAUUUAUUAUAUAUAUUAUAUGUGCACGUCACUUCAAAUGACAAGAAGCCCUGAAUGGUUCAAAAAAGGUUAAAAAGGCUUACGCACAUUCCUACACCAUUUGGUCACUGGAGUACAUAUGCGCAAAAGUUUGUGUAAUACAUUCUGUGCACCCACCAGGGCAUCUGCUAUCUAUGCCUUGUGGAAUCGCACAACAAGAUAAAUUAAACCAGCGCAGACAGCAUAAUAAUAGCGCACAAUUAGAUAACUGCACAAAAUAAAAGCACACUGUGUGCGCAAUUUUGCUAGUCCACUCCAGUUGAUAAAUUCCCCCAAAUGUUUAAUGUCUGUGCAACCACAUUUGUUUAUUUAUCUUGUACGGCUUUUGAAUUUUAUAAUAUUUUAUUCUCUGUUUAAACAGAACACAAACUUCUGCUGGUCUCCUGUUACUAGACAACAGUGCAUCAUGGGAGCUCAGGACACAAAGAUCAACUGUUAGUUGGCACGACUGUUCUGUAGAGCGCAAUUAACAACAUACAGAUUCCGGAAUGGAACCAGCAGAAGUUUUAGUUUCACUUUAGCUGUGAAUGGAGUCGAAAAUAACUUAUAGGGCCAAAUCAGUGCAAGAUAAGCAAAAGGAACUAUUUACAAAAUCAAUAAUGUGUUUUCAAAGGGAACCUGUCAUCGGUUUUAUGCUGACAGAUUAAAACUAGUGCAGGCAACAGAAUAAAACUAGUGCAGGCAGCGCAUUCAUAACCCACUAUUAUUUAGGCUAUGUUACCACAGCGGAAUGUCCAGGCAAACCUUUCGCAGACAGCGGGCACAAGGAGAACAGAGCCAUUGCUAGGACCACUUGGAAAUGCACCAUCUCCAUAGAUGGAAAUGCAUUCCCAAAUGGAUACCGCAGAAAGAAUUGACAUUGACGUGUCAAUUCUAUCUGUGGAAUCUGCUUGGAAUUUGAAUUUCCCGGCCAGAUGUUUCUGGUACAUAAAUUCUGCCGUGUGCAUGGUGCAGCAGAAUCCCGUUGAAAACAAUGAGACUCUGCUGCAAUGUAAUUUCUGAGCUGAAAUUUUCGGAAAGUCUAAAUAUAGCCUUACUCUGAUAUGUUGAGGUGUUUAAAAACCAUAGUUUAAAAAUGGGACCUAAAUAACUAGUCAUGGAUGAGGUACCUACAGCCUGCAGGGUGGAGAACAGCUGUCAGGACCCGCCCCUCUGACUAGUUACCUAGGUCCCAGUGGCAUUUCUAAACUAUUAUUUCUCUGAGAUGCAAAAUAUUGUGCUGCCUAAGGUCUUGGACAGCAAAAACUGAUGACAGGUUUCCUUUAAACUACAUGUUCUGUUAAAAACAGGAGUUCUCCUUUAAGACUUGCAUGUCAUUAGUCCUUUUCACCAAUACCCAUAGAGCUCCUCGUUGAUAGCAACCAAUUGUAGACAAGCUUUAAUAUUCUGGUUUCGUCAUAGAAAAAUGACUCAAUUUGGAUUGGCUGCCACAGGCAACAAGGAAACUUAUAACCAGAUUUACUAAAAGUGUCUGAGACAAAAAUUGUCAGAUUUUUCCCUUAGCAACCAUUUGAAGUUUAGCCUAAAGGCCUAAAAUGUUGUUUGUUGAAUGUAUGAAGUAAAGCUUGUAGGUUUAAAAAAAAAAAAAUACAAUGGACAAAUUAUGUACAUGUUAACGGAGUUCUGUAGUGAAAGAUAACUUAUCCCCUAUCC